CAUGUGAAAUGAAACGUGUCUGAGUUUGACAUUCAACGUCAAAGUCGAAAAACAUUGACGCGUUGGCUUAAAAUUUAGUUUCACAACCCUGUUUUCGAAAAACUCACGUGGAAACAUUUAUGUUAUCAAUAAAUUUAAUCGAUAAGCCGCCUAUCUACUAUUCGUCCACGUAGUGUUAUUACCAGACAGUAAAAUGUUGAGGUUAUUAAUUGUUGCUGCCUUCGUGCAAUGCACAAUAUCACAACAAUAUCAACAGAAAGUAGCUCCUGGAGUGCCUCCACAGAAUUAUCAGAACUACCAGCCUCCACCUCCACCACAGCAACAAUACCAACAACAACCACCGCAGCAACAAUUCCAACAACCGCAACAAAUGCAGCAACAACACUAUCAGCAACAAGUUCCAGUGCAACAAAUACCUGUUCAAGUCUCACCACAACAAGGACAUGCUCAUCAUGGUGAUCCUCAACUUUUAAAUCCGGCUAACAUAGCUCAAGAAAGAGACCAUAUCAAAGAACAUAUGGAUGUUCCAAUUGAUACAUCGAAGAUGUCUGAACAAGAAUUACAGUUUCAUUACUUCAAGAUGCAUGACGCUGAUAAUAAUGACAAGCUUGACGGAUGUGAGCUGAUUAAAUCGUUAAUACAUUGGCACGAACAAGGUCAUAAACAACAACCCCAAGCAGGGUCACCACCAGUUGGUGAGAAAAUAUUCAAUGAUGAUGAACUGGUUAAUUUAAUAGAUCCAAUUUUAAAUAUGGAUGACCAUAAUAGAGACGGAUUUAUAGAUUAUCCUGAGUUUGUAAGAGCGCAACAGAAGAGUCAAAAUAAAGAUAAUUAAUUUGUAAAGUUUGUAAUCGGACUAGGUUAACGUUAAAUUGUGAACUACGUGAAGUCGAUUUUUAAUAAGAAUCAUUUGAGAAAUAAAAGAAAAUUAUGAAUUUUUUUUACAAAAAAAAUAUCUCCGUUA